AUGGAGGAGAGAGGCUGGGACUUACACCUCUCCAACAACAGAAACUACACUGACUCUCCCACCCUGAUCCAGGCCCCCUGCCCCACUGCGGCCACGUCCACCCUGUCCGUCUGCUCCAGCGCCCUGAGCUGGCAGCGGCUCUGCCUGCCCAGUUCCUGCACCGGCUCCUGCUGGCAGGUGGACGACUGUCCAGAGAGCUGCUGCGAGCCCCCUGCCAUGCCCCCAGCGGCUGCCCCGGCCCCCUGCCCGACCCUCGUCUGCGCCCCAGUGAGCUGCGUGUCCAGCCCCUGCUGCCAACCAGCCUGCACCAGCCCCUGCACGGCCUUGUGCUGCCAACAGUCUAGCUGCCAGCCCCACUGCUGCACCUGCUUCCCCUGCCAGCAGGCCUGCUGUGUGCCCGUCUGCUGCAAGCCUGCGUGCUGCACACCUAUCUGUUGCACACCUGUCUGCUGCAAGCCCGUCUGCUGCAAGCCUGUCUGUUGUACACCUGUCUGCUGCACACCUGUGUGCCGCGAGCCCGUGUGCUGUGAGGCCGCCCCCUGCUCAGCCCCCUCGUGCUGCCAGCCCACCCCCUGCCCCUCGUCCUGCCACAGACCCUCCUCCUCCGCGUCCCUGCUCUGCUGUCCCGCGUGUUCCCGCCCUGCCUGCUGUGUCCCCACCUUGGUGGCUGCCCAGAGGCAACCCCAGAGGGGGUUUGAACACGCCGUCCAUCCCACAGACCCCUCGACCAGGGUGGACUGCAGGCCCCGGGCGCCUCCUCUGCGGGGCCCACCGUCCCCAAAGCCGGCAGGGGAGGCGGGCGUGGGGGCCGAAGGCUGGGACCCUGAGCAGGCCCUGGGCUCCUCCCAUGCCCACACCCGUGCCUGUGCAGGCCACAGCGCAGACCCGGAAGGAGAGAAUCGGCUCCGGCAGAGUCUGAUCCUCGUGUCUUUCAGCCGGAAGCACCGCAUCCUCGGCUCGUGGCGUAGCGUCUGGCGUCCCUCUUCCCGCGGCCUCCCCUUCUGUGGCCGAGUCUCCCCGGCCCCUCUCGCAAGUCCCACCCGGAUGACUCAGGACCAUCCCCCGUCACAAGACCCUUACUUUACUCCCGUUGGCAAAAUCGCUUUGCCGUCCCAGCCCCACGCCCCCGUGUGCCACACCAGCUGCCCCUAGGGCUGCCCGGCUGCCUGCCGCGUGCCCAGCUCCUGCCAGCCGUCCUGCUGCACGUCCAGCCCCUGCCAGGCGACCGGCAUGCCCGUGAGCUGCAAGCCAGUUGUAUACAUGCCCGUGAGCCGCAAGCCUGCCGUGUGCCUGCCCGCAAGCUACAAGCCUGUGUGCGUGGCCUCCUCCUGCCAUUCCUCUGUGUGCUGCCAGCCCUUCCGCCCCACCCUGGUCUGCAGACCCGUCCCUUCAGUGAAUCGGGAGAUCGCCAACCUCCCCAUGGCUGAGCGACAUUUCUCCGUCGGAAUCCGGUAA